GUGUUGGGAAAAGGAGGGGAGAAACUGCUGUCCGGAAUGUAGAGAGGAGUUUGCUGACAGAUCCCUCAGGGUCAAUCGGGCCCUGGCAAGUCUGACUGAGAAGGCUCAACAAUUAAACCUGAAUCAGAAAGAGACGAGGAUGAGAUCUCAGUGUGAGAAACAUCAGGAGGAACUGAAGCUGUUUUGUGACACGGACAAGCAAUUGAUCUGUGUGAUUUGUAGAGACGCGAGAGAACACAAGUCUCACAACUUCAUGCCCAUUGAAGAAGCUGUUGAGAUUUACAAGUGUCAAGUUAAAUCAUCAUUUGAAUCUCUGACAGAGAAGAAAUCUGCCAUCCAGGAGUUGGAACAGCGACAGAAACAGAAGAUUUCUGGAUUGAGGGAACAGUCACACACCGUGCAGGCCAACGUCACAUCUGAAUUUGCUAAAAUACACCAGGUUCUGGCUGAGAGAGAGCAGCGCUUACUGAGCAAUCUCAGGACAGAGGAGGAGAAGAUUCUGAACUCCAUGGAGAAAAAUCUUCAGGAGAUUGAAGAGAAUUUAACCUCCGUUGAGGAGAAACUCUCCAAGUUACAGAAACAGAUGAAUGAGGAAGACAGUGUGAUGUUUCUGAAGGAGGAAGUGUGUCAGGACAGCAGGGUUAGUGAGGAAACUCAGACAUUGUCUGUAACAGAAGGUGUCAUAACCAUUGGAAAAUUCAGGGACACAAUACUGAGAGGGAUGUUUGAUGCCAUGAAGCAAGUCUAUGAGACCCUGGAUGUAAAUUCAGCCGAUCUGUGUGUUGAGGUGUCUGAGGAUCUGAAUCGUGUGAGAGGGACUGAGACCCAGAUGAGUUUCUCCGACUCCGAGAACAGUGAGGAGGGCAAUGAACAUGGAGACUGGGGAAUGAAACUGUUGUCUGAGGCUCUGAGGGACCCGAAGUGUAAAAUACAGAAACUGGGGUUGACAGCUAAUAGUUCCACAUCUGAUUUUGAGCACUUCAUCUCCACUCUCAGUGCAAACCACUCACUGAGAGAGGUGGAGCUGGACCUGAGUUACAAUGAACUGGGAGAUUCAGGAGUGAAACUGUUGUCUGAGGCUCUGAGGAAGAUAAAGUGUAAAAUACAGAGACUGAUUCUACGGUCAGUCGGUCUCACAGCUGCUGGUGUUGUGGAUCUCGCCUCUGCUCUCAGUACAAACCGCUCACUGACAGAGCUGGACCUGGCUUAUAAUGAACUGGGAGAUUCGGGAGUGAAACUGGUGUCUGAGGCUCUGAGGAAGCCAGAGUGUAAAAUACAGAAACUGGGUCUGCGGUGUGUCGGUCUCACAGCUGCUGGUGUUGUGGGUCUCAUCUCUGCUCUCAGUACAAACCGCUCACUGACGGAGCUGGAUCUGUCUAAUAAUGAACUGAGAGAUUCAGGAGUGAAACUGGUGUCUGUGGCUCUGAGGAACUCGGAGUGUAAAAUACAGAGACUAGGUCUACAGUGUGUCGAUCUCACAGCUGCUGGUGUUGUGGAUCUCGCCUCUGCUCUCAGUAGAAACAAGUCACUGACAGAUCUGGACCUGGCUUAUAAUGAACUGAGAGAUUCAGGAGUGAAACUGGUGUCUGAGGCUUUGAGGAACCCAGAGUGUAAAAUACAGAAACUGGGUCUGUGGUGUGUCGGUCUCACAGCUGCUGGUGUUGUGGAUCUCACCUCUGCUCUCAGUACAAACCGCUCACUGAGGGAGCUGGAACUGGGUCGGAAUGAACUGGGAGAUUCAGGAGUGAAACUGGUGUCUGAGGCUCUGAGGAACUCGAAGUGUAAAAUACAGAAACUGGGUCUGCGGUGUGUCGGUCUCACAGCUGCUGGUGUUGUGGAUCUCGCCUCUGCUCUCAGUACAAACCGCUCACUGAGGGAACUGGAACUGGGUCAGAAUGAACUGAAAGAUUCAGGAGUGAAACUGGUGUCUGUGGCUCUGAGGAACUCGGCGUGUAAAAUACAGAGACUGGGGCUCAGGUGCACUCAACUCACAGAUUCUGCCAUUGAGGAUCUCGUCUCUGCUCUCACUACAAAACACUCACUGAGAGAAUUGGAACUGGAUUGGAACAGACUCACAGACCAAUCUGUCUCCACUCUCCACCACCUCGUACUGACCCAUCGAAGUCUGCAGCGGAUUGUGUUGACAGCUGAUCGUUCCACAUCUCACAUUAACGAUUUCAUCUCCGCUCUCGGUACAAAACAUUCAAUGACAGAGGUGGAGCUAGAUCUGAGUUACAAUGAACUGGGAGAUUCAGGAGUGAAACUGUUGUCUGAGGCUCUGAGGAAGCUGAAGUGUAAAAUACAGAGACUGAUUCUGGAGUCUGUUGGUCUCACAGCUGCUGGUGUUGUGGAUCUCACCUCCGUUCUCAGCACAAACCGCUCAUUGACUGAGUUGGACCUACGUGAUAAUAAACUGGGAGAUUCAGGAGUGAAACUGGUAUCCGAGGCUCUGAGAAACCCAAAGUGUAAAUUACAGAAACUGUGUCUGGUGUCUAUCGGUCUCACAGCUGCUGGUGUUGUGGAUCUUGCGUCCGCUCUCAGUACAAACUGCUCACUGAUGGACCUGGACCUGGGCGAUAAUGAACUGGGAGAUUCGGGAGUGAAACUGUUGUCUGCGGCUCUGAGGAACCCAGAGUGUAAAAUACAAAAACUGGUGCUCAGUUGGACUGGACUCACAGAUUCUGGCAUUGAGGAUCUCGUCUCUGCUCUCACUACAAAACACUCACUGAGGGAAUUGGAACUGGAUUCAAACUACCUGACAGACCAAUCUGUCUCUGUUUCCCGCCACCUUAUACUGACCCACCCAUGUCUCGAGCAGAUUAAGUGAGUGUUUGUGGUAACGUCUCGUGUGAUUAAA